CUUGUCAGUGGGCUCCGGGCAAGCUUCAUUAGUCGUCACGGGGAGGCAGCGCCGUGACUCACUUGCCUGCGUGGAGGGACCAAUGGGCAGCCUCAGCCUCCGAUAUAAAUAACGAAUAGACGAUAUUCUUGAGAGAGGAGCGGGAGUUGAGGGGGCUCAGCGUGCGCUCGCAGCAGGAUUGGAUUCAUCCAGAGCGCUCCCUCCGUCAAUGGACUGCUUCUUGUCGCGCGUGUCGUUCAGUUAGUGCGUGGAGUCGAUAACCUGAGCGGGUGAAUCGUCCCCCAGCUUUGGACACCAAAUAACGAAGAUAGAGAUGGCGACGUCCGAACCCAGAGCCGCCGGGGAGGAGCAGGACCCCAACGCGGCGAAUUUAAGACCCCCGUCUGGAACCUACGAGUAUGCGUGGAUGCACGGAUGCACACGGAAACUGGGGAUGAAGAUUUGCGGCUUCCUGCAGAAGAACAACAGCCUGGAAGAGAGAGGCAGGCUCGCGGGCCAGAAGAACCUGCUCUCGUGCGACAACAGUGACAGGGACUCGCGCUACCGCCGCACAGAGACGGACUUCUCCAACCUGUUCGCCCGAGACCUUUUGCCAGCCAAAAAUGGAGAAGAGCCCACCAUACAGUUUUUGCUGGAGGUUGUUGAAAUCCUCACAAACUACAUCAAGAAAACCUUUGACCGCUCCACGAAGGUGCUGGAUUUCCACCACCCUCACCAGCUGCUGGAGGGCAUGGAGGGUUUCAACCUGGAGCUGUCUGACCAACCGGAGUCCCUGGAGCAGAUCCUGGUGGACUGCAGGGAUACGCUGAAAUAUGGCAUCCGGACAGGCCAUCCACGGUUCUUCAAUCAGUUAUCUUCUGGUUUGGACAUCAUCGGUCUCGCCGGAGAGUGGCUCACUUCCACGGCGAACACCAACAUGUUUACCUACGAGAUUGCUCCGGUGUUCGUGUUGAUGGAGCAGCUGACUCUGAAGAAGAUGAGAGAGAUGAUUGGCUGGCCAGGCGGAGAAGGAGAUGGCCUCUUCUCACCAGGAGGCGCCAUCUCCAACAUGUACAGCGUGAUGAUCGCUCGCUACAAGUACUUUCCUGAGGUCAAGACUAAGGGCAUGUCUGCUGCUCCCCGCCUCGUCCUUUUCACAUCCGAACAUAGCCACUACUCUAUAAAGAAGGCCGGAGCCGCUCUUGGCUUUGGGACCGAUAACGUCAUCCUGCUGAGUACUGACGAAAGAGGGAGAGUCAUACCUGCAGACCUAGAGGCCAAAAUCAUUGAUGCAAAACAAAAGGGUUACGUGCCAUUGUUUGUAAAUGCCACAGCCGGUUCCACUGUGUAUGGAGCAUUUGAUCCCAUCAACGAAAUUGCUGACAUCUGUGAGAAGUACAACCUGUGGCUUCAUGUUGAUGGCGCCUGGGGCGGUGGACUGCUGAUGUCUAGGAAGCAUCGUCAUAAACUAAAUGGAGUUGAGAGGGCCAACUCUGUCACUUGGAACCCCCACAAGAUGAUGGGUGUCCCUUUGCAGUGUUCUGCCAUCCUAGUCAGAGAGAAGGGAAUCCUUGCAGGCUGUAACUCCAUGUGCGCUGGUUACCUUUUCCAACCAGACAAACAGUACGACGUCACCUACGAUACAGGCGACAAGGCCAUCCAGUGUGGUCGGCACGUCGACAUCUUUAAGUUCUGGCUCAUGUGGAAAGCCAAGGGAACAAUUGGCUUCGAGCAGCACAUCGACAAAUGUUUGGACCUGUCUCAGUACCUGUACAACAAGAUCAAGAACCGGGAGGGAUUUCAGAUGGUUUUUGAUGGCGUGCCUCAGCACACAAAUGUCUGUUUCUGGUACAUCCCACCCAGCCUGAGAGGAAUGCCCGACAGCAAUGAGAGGCAGGAAAAACUCCACAGGGUUGCUCCAAAAAUCAAGGCUAUGAUGAUGGAGUCGGGGACCACAAUGGUGGGCUACCAACCCCAGGGCAAUAAAGUCAACUUUUUCCGCAUGGUUGUCUCCAAUCCUGCCGCCACCCAGUCUGACAUCGACUUCCUGAUUGAUGAGAUUGAGAGGAUGGGUCAAGACCUGUAGAUCUCUCUGCUAUUCAGACAGCAAACUGUGGGGGGUUUUUUUGCCUCGAGCCAAACAAGCAAAAAUACCAGUCACGUGAAACACCAAUAGUUCUGCAGAAAGAUGAAUGAAUAGUAAAGUCUGGUUUUGGUUUCUUUUUAUUCAGGAGUAACUUACCUGAGGCAUUCUACAUGUUUCAGCAGCUGAAGAGAAACAAGUUCACAUAGUAGAUUAAAUAUAUAACCUGUAUCUGACAUCUCCAGGUACAGAAAGCGUAGGAUUUUUCUGUGAUGUGGAGACUUUUAAUAUUUUAACGUAAAUGUAACAAUAAGACUCUCAUUCAGACAUUUCUCUUUUCAAGCUUGUGUGUGUGUGUGUGUGUGUGUGUGUGUGUGUGUGUGUGUGUGUGUGUGUGUGUGUGUGUGUGUGUGUGUGUGUGGGGUGUGUGUGUGUGUGUGUGUGGGGGUGUGUGUGUGAAGAUUGUAAAUUACAAAGAUAGGGAAAAAAAGCACAGAAAAAUUACUGAAUAGCUUUGCUGCAUCACACAUUUGCUACUCAUAAUUGACUCAUGGAUGCUCUAUGAUAUAUAUCUCUUACUCUCUAUAAAUGGAGCUGAUAUUUAUUUUGUAUGCACCAGCCUAUUGAUCCUAAAUCAUCGUGCUGAAGCGGCGUGUGUUUUUUGAUGUCAUGCGUUUCAUGCUAACAGGCUAUGCUAAGGCACUCUGCUAAAAGCAUUUUAUGUCCUCAGUAAAUAGAGCUACAGUCUGCAAUGUCUUCCCUCGUGACGAUAAGCUCUUGUGAAAACCUUUGUCUCAUUUAGGGCUGGCUCCCAUUUGUUCGCAACAGUCACGCAAUGCCAACAAGUGAGUUUAAACAUUGGCAGUGAGUGAAUAUUUGCGCAUAUAAGAACAUAUUUAUUUAGCAUCCAGCAUUUGCAGGAUCAUUUAUUGCUAUGUGGCGUUGUCUUUCUCUGUAUUACGGUGUAAUACAUUUGUAAAAGUACUCUGCAGAAUAAAGUUUAUUUAUAGUGACAUUGUCUGCCAAAGAAAGAGAACCAGGACCAGAGCAACCCAUUUGUUUUGUGUGAAACUUCUUCUAGAUGUUUGUAAAAAGAAAAAAGAAACGUUGUUUAUUGAGGCGUGAUGCAAUUUCUAUUAUUUGUUGAUUUCUGUGAAUGAGUCUUUGGCCUGAAUGUUCUGAGAUUAAGAAUGAAUCUAUAUAAUCCUCUGGCUGUUGUGUCUGGCCUAUUUUAGCAAGAAGCACAAGGAUGCGAGAAUGUACUCUCCUCUGGAUACCAGGAAGAAAGUUAUGACUGCUUGAACCCGAAUGCAUUUACCGUUGUAUCGUGGAUUCAUUGUAAUGCAUAUUGCUGUUAAUCUCAGUGUUACAGGGGCCAAGUGGAAUAUCUCGUCUGACGGUUGCCGUUUCUGUCUUUGCACAAUCUUCACCUUUCUUUCUUCCAUUGUAAACAGAUGUGUACUAUAUAAGAUAUAUGUUAACAACAUAUUUAUGGUAAUUAGGGACCAUAUGUGAACAGCACAAUUGCAUAUGUAAUACUGUUAUCUGUGUACUGGAUGUUAUCAGUGACUGUGACUAGUCUGAAUUUUGAUCAAGCCAACACCAAGGGACCUGCUCCCUUAGCGUUUUCAGAAGGCACUUUAACACAAACAUACUGUUAUGGAAAAAUAUAUUGAAUAAAGUCUAUUAAAUGGGGAAAAGUG